UGAAGGGCGGCUGGUCGACGUGGUCGCCGUGGUCCGAGUGCUCGUCGCGCUGCGGUCGCGGGACUCAGAGGCGAACGCGCGUCUGCAACAACCCCGCCCCGCAGAACGGUGGCGCCCUCUGCCCCGGACCCGCCACCGAGGAACAGCGCUGCACCGGCUCCUGCCAAGACGGAGAGGAUGAAAAUGAGGAUGAAAAUGAAAUUAUGCUCAUGAGUGGCGGAGUUGACGGAAGAUGGUCAGCUUGGUCGAGUUGGUCCUCCUGCGGACCUGACUGUCGGCAUCACAAACGUCGAACCUGUGACAAUCCACCCCCCAGCGCUGAUGGCCGAGAUUGUGUCGGCAAAGACUACAUGUCCGCAAACUGCACCGGGGACAUGUGUCCAUACGGAACGAAUAUUGACAGCUCUCAUCUCGCUGAAGAAGCAACGCGGGCGCAACAGAAUGACGCGGGUAACGUGGCCCUGUACGUUGGACUGGCGGUGGCGUUCACAGUCUUCGGGUUCGUCGUUGCUUUCGUUCUGAGGCUUCUCAGGAGGAAAGGCAGAGAUCACUCUAUGUACAACAUGGCCAACUCAGAUUUCCAGCCUGAGUACUUCGGCGAGGAGGACAAGAAGAACUACCCGCAGAACGGACACGCGGGUCACCCGCCGGACCUGACACGGACCGUCGUGAUCCCUUGCUACGAGUGUCCCUUCGGGGCCGUGCCCACGGGAAAAUACACAGGGAUCCCUCGCUCGGGCAGCGAACACCACUAUGAUGUCCCCCACCUCCCUCAAUCGUCCCCCCAGAACUCAGCCUCCAACGCGGACAGCCUUAGCAGCUUCACCUGCUCCUCGCAAUCGCGGCAAGACUCGACGUACGAUCUGACGUCGACGUCAAACAAGUCGGUGAUCCGCGGCGUGGACGCCGACUGCAUCGUGGUGGCCACCGUGACGCACGCCGGGGCCCGUCUCACCCUCAACGACCUCGGAGUCUCGCUGACCAUCCCUGAGGGCGCCCUCGCCAGGGGCCAGAAAGAAGAGAUUUUCCUCUGCGUUCUCAAGGACGACAAGCACAGACCCAAGCUGGCAGAUCGGCAAACGCAGCUAAGUCCUGUUGUUAUGUGUGGCCCAGCAGACCUUGUAUUCAAGAAGCCCGUAGUUUUAAAUGUUCACCACUGCGCAAGUUUGAAACAUGGCCCUUGGGCGGUUACCUUGCUCUCGAGCAACUCACCACAAGAUACCUCGUCUUCAUCCAUUUGGCAGAAAGUUGUAGCCAUUGGAGAGGAAACUAUCAACACACCUGUAUUUAUACAGAUAGAUGCAAAUCAAGCUUUUCUCAUCACAGACCACUUGUCAAGGUUUGUUCUGGUGGGAGAAGCAAUUAGUCCAUUGAGUCCACCGGUAAAAUUGUUACGUUUAGCUGUUUUUGCGCCUUCUCCUGCAGUAUCUUCACCACCUAUGGACUACAGUAUACGAGUUUACACUUUAGAAGAUACUCUUGCAGCUCUUGAGGGAGUGGUACGACUAGAACGUAAACUAGGAGGAUGCCUCCUGGAUAAACCAAAAUCCUUAGUUUUUCAAGAUGGGGGUGCUAGUUUAUGCCUGAGUUUAGAAGACAUAGGUCCAGGAUGGCGAAGUAAACCACAAGCGGAGUACCAAGAAAUUCCUUUCCACCAUGUCUGGAACUGCACGCAAACGAACCUCCACUGCUCUUUCACACUCGAGUGCACGGAUAGGAUGGCCACCUCUGUGUCUUUCCGAGUUAUUGCCAGUCAAAAAGGCUCGCAAGUUCACAAGCAAAUGUUCCGUGUCAGCCUAGAGUUCAGGAAUGACUCCUCCGCCUCUUCUGUUGUUUCUAGUAGUCCAAUUGUGAACCGACCUAGCCGAACGGUAACCUCUAGUAGCGGUUGUGGGUCCAGUGUCACCACCUGUGAUAUGCAACCUUUUAGGUUCAGUCGAUCGCUGCGAAAACAACUGUGCCAGUGCCUUGACCCGCCAAACUCAAGAUCGAAUGAUUGGCGAAUGUUAGCUCAAAAAUUGAAUGUGGACAGGUAUAUCAAUUAUUUUGCUACAAAACCAAGUCCGACAGAGCAUAUUUUAGACUUGUGGGAAGCAAGACAUCGUGAGCCAAGUGCAGUGACCGACCUCCUGAAUAUCUUCCGCAUAAUGGGUCGCAACGAUGCUGCCAGUCAUUUGGAGAGGGAGUUGGGUCCUUGGCUUUAAUUUAGCCAUGUUUCAUGCAUAAGUUGUUUAAAAAGGAUAACUUCAGACUAUUGUGGUUUUUCAAUAACUCUGAAGGCUAGUUUCUUGUUAAAACUUUGACCUUUUUUAUUCAGUUUCAAAUUUUCUUUGCUACGUAAUAGUUGUUAAGUCUGCUUCAAUGAGAGAUUGCCAUAAUAAAUGAGGGCAUGGAAAUCUAAUCCUUUUAUCUGUUUCUUUUUUGAGAUGUGUUCAAUUUCAAGAGAAUUUUUUUAAUUUGACCUCUUGAAGAAGAUGAGAAAUGGAAUUCACUACAAUUUUUGCACAGUUGAAUCAAACAAGUCUGAACGACUCAACCAUUUACAAAUUCUUCAGACCAAUCAACAUUUUAUAAUUUUAUUUUGAUGUAGAUUUUUCGAAAGUGAUCAUGUACUUUCGGCUUUUUUGAGCGCUUUAAAUUUGUGCUUGCUGAUGAGACAGAGCUCCUGCUCUGUUAGGAAACAGUAUACUACUCCCUUAAUUUACUUGCUCGGUUGUCGAUUUCUAUCUAUUUGUCGUAAGGCUUGGACUUGACGAGUGAAAUAUAUAUCUUUGCUCUUAAUAAACCAAAGAACGAUAUCUCUGUGGAACAAAACUAUACUGAGAGAAUUUGUUAUUGCCAAAGGCAAUGAUAGAAUUAAAUUACAUCAAUUUUUGCCUUUCCGCAUAUUAUAAAUAAAUUCAUGCUUAAGUGCUCCAGAAGGUUAGUUGACUCAAUGUUAUAUCAUUUGAGCCCUUAACCAGUCAAACAUUUCCUUUGAGCUUUCCUCAGCAUUCCACUUGUAAAAGUUGCAUCAGCCCUGGAAUGAUCUCAAACUAACAUAUUCAGAAGGCAGAUUUCAUCAUUGCUCAUCACUUGUUAAAAUAAAAAAAAUAGGAAAUUAUCAAUUCAGCCAUCACAUUAUUACCAAUACUGAUUCUACCAACUUGAUGAUUUCUGCAAAAGGACAAAUUUACACUAUCGCAAUCUGCUUUAUUCAUCGAACUUUUAGGAAGCACUUUCAAGAUGUAUACAACAAUUUAGUUGUUGAGAAUUAGUGAACAAUGCCUGGAAGCAAACAUUUGAAAAUCAAAAUACUCAUUGAAGAUAGAUUUGCACUAAAAUUAUAAUGUCAAACAAUAAAUAUAUUUUUUUGUAUAAAAUGUUUUGUAAAUUUUUUAGUUUGUUAUCUAUUCUGAGCUUUUGUUUUUGUAGAUUGAAUUUAUACAUAGCGUUUAUGUUUUGUACAUACAUUUGUGUAUAGUCGAGAGAGUUAAACAAUGAUUAGACAAAAAGUCGAGAGAAAAAUAUAUUGAUGUAUUUUGGGGCUGCGGUUUAUUCCUAAAGCAACGUGUCCUCUUGAAUUUUAAAAUUUGCGUUACGAAUUUAUUUUGGUUUAGUUUGUGGCAACGGUGCUUCAAUUUUGUUCUUUUUUAAUACUUUGUUAAAACAAUCAAUGAAGAAGUUUGUUACUCGUAGUGUUUUAAACUGGCUCUCUUUCAUUUUUUAUGUUUAUUUACCUAUUCAUUUGUACUCUGAAAAUGAUGGUGGAGCAUUGUACAACAAUGUAACAGAUCAUGACCAGAGCAUGGAAAAUUAGUGGGUGUUUUGUAGAUUGUAGAUCUGAUUUUACUUACAUUUUAGGCUUGAAAAGUUGUGUUUUAGAAACUGAGUGACCCAGAGUUAGCAUAAAAUUUUUUGAAUCUCCUACCAAUCAUCUUGAUUGAAAAGACCAUUGUUGGUCUAUAUCUCUGCGUUCACUGACAAUCUUAUUCGUUUAAUUUCUGAAUGUUGUCCACUUUAUAGUUAAAACGGAUUUUCUUUCUUUUGCUAAAUUAUUUAUGGAAAUUCACAUGUUAUGUUAAUUGAAGAUUUCAUUGCCUUAUUCCUAAUUUUAAUUUCCUUGCAGUGAUCCCACCCCUAUCGUGACAUUGGGUAAAGUUUCAGUACAUAAAUACUUUAAUAACAAAUUAGUCUCUCUUUCCUACACACUGCCGUUUUAGAGACAAAUUCGGUCUCUUUAUUUACCGAAGCUUCAUGAAUUAAAUAUGUGAUCAAUGAUGAGUCAGAGCUGUCUUUACUACACUAUUUCAUUCAUUAAUUGUGUUUUCUCUUUGGUUUGAAAGUAAUUUUUACAGUCAUAAAACUUUGGCAUUGGUCUUCAGUAACUUUAGCUGGACUUCAUCUUUUCAACAAUUAUGUGUAUUAAGCGAAUAGCCAAUGGAUUUUUUUUCUAUUUAAAACGUCAACCACCAAAGCUAUUUGGUCUCUUUCUAAGUAUUUUUUAGUGAACCACUCUUGCUCUAUCCUGAUUUCUACAUUUUUUGCCGGUUUCCUGCAUGUGUCAACUUGCCUCUUCUUUCGUCAGUUUCAAUAAGCCUUAUGGGACCAGUCACUGCAGGCCUUUACAAGCCGGCAAGGUAGUUAAUCUAAAUUGAGUAUCAAAAUUAAGACUUUUAAUCUUCUUGUUUAGAAAUUAAUGAAAACUCAGUAUGAUUUGUGCUUCACACGAUGUAAUAUGAAAAAAUGUUUAAAAAAACAACAUCACUUUCAUUGUGAGGUACAGUAAGUGACAUGUUAGGUUAUUUUAAAUUUAUUAUGUAUUUUAUCAUGUCAUCUACAACUCUACAACUUCUAAAUCGGGCCACUUAUCCUUUGUUCAUUGUUUG